AUGCCCUCUCAACUCCUGGACCCCACAACUGUGUCUGCUUUCGAUAUCUUCGAAGUACUUUUCUUCCUGGAAAAGCAACUCCCGCACCUUCCAACCCACCUUCCUGUGCUUGAUGCUGCCACAUCCAAAGCGCACUGGCUCGCCCGCAUCUGCUCUCAGCAAGCAACUGAAGCGAGCAUUUGGCUGGCAAGCGCGCUCCUCGGGAAGAAGGCGACAUGGGUCACGUACACCUUCGACGGAAGCACCGUAAGACGCAAAGACGGUUUCUACACCCUUCACGGAACAGACCCGCAUGGUCGAAGCUAUCUAAUUGACAUGCUCCGUGGCUACAAUACUGAAGCGCAUACUGCCAAGUGGAUUUCCGAGUCGAUUUUUCCGUUGAUUGAAGAAAUCGGUCUUGCGAAUGCAGCGGCUGUCUGCUCGGAUAACACGAAUGUCACGAAGCUCGCUCGCCGACUACCCCAAGAACGCAUUCCAGGGCUGAUUACCCUCUGGGAUUGUGUCCACCACAUUCACAACAUGAUCAAGGACAUCACCAAGCUGCCACAGUUCGCUCGUGUCACAAAAAUCACGAAGGCGAUGAUCGCGCACUUCAGCAAGUCGAAUAAAUCAACUCAUCUCAUUCAUCGUGCCAGGACAGACAAAGGCGAGGUCGCAUCUGAGCUUCAAAAGCCAGGAACUACACGUUUCGGCUCCCUAUGGUCGACUUUUGUCUCUGUCCUUCCAUAUCUCGAGAUUAUCCAGGGAUUCGUUCGGGAUGGCAGCAUUAAAUUCAAGAAUAAGGCUGCUCAGAAGCUGUUUCACAGCCGCUCGACGCAAGGAACCGGAGACUUUUUGAGCUUCAAGAAUGCGAUGGAGACAUACAUUGCGAUUAUUGGUCCAAUGAUCCGGUCUCUUUGGUCGCUCGAGGCAGCUCAAGCACGUGGCUCCGAUGUGUUCGUCUUUUGGCAUUCCAUGGCUGCGACGCUGAAGCACCUGCUUGAGCAACCGACCAGUACCUCGGGCAUCAAUAUCACACUUGCUCGUCGUGUUACGACAAUAUUCAACCGUCGCUUCAAGGAGUUUUUCCAGCAUGACUUUUAUUUCACGGCCUUCUGCAUGGACCCUCGCUUUCCCAACAACAAGUUCCUUGCUCCCGAACCAGAGCCUGUUGCUGCUGCUCAGCAGUCAUCGUCACGUCCCCUUCCCGUUCCCGUGGCAGUGCGCUCUUCUAUUGAGCAAUACAAGUCGGCAUUUGACCGAGCUUGUGACGCGCUCCAUGAAAUCCUCAAUCAAUUGCUGGAGCAGGCCGAAAAGAAUCCGGACAACGCUCAUCCGGCUCUCAAGGGUUUAGACCCACAAUAUGUUGCGGCCCAAUGGUAUUCACAAAUGUGCAGUUUUUGGACGGGCCAGUAUCCUUUUGACCGGCCAAUCGAGGAUGGUGAUGCACGACACUGGUGGGAAAUCCUUUUCCGGCAUCCACUCGCUCGCUUUCUUGCUCUUUGUGUCCUCAAGAUGUUCUCAAUCACCGCAAAUUCCAUGGCCGAUGAACGAACAAACUCCAUGGUCACCUGGAUGAACUCUCCCCUGCGUCGGGCAGUAUCACCGGGCAGACAGCGAGCAGCUAAUCCAACCUUCCAUCCGACAGUCAAGUUUCGUAAACUUGACUCUGGCCGCAUUUCAGCUGUGCAAGCUCUUGAUCGCUCAGCUAUGGAUGACGAAGCCGAAGAAUUAGAGGAGGACAGUGAGGAUGGGCCUGAUGGAGAUGAGUCUGAGUCUGAAUCUGGGUCGGAGGAAGAUGGAGAUGAUGAGGAGAUCACCCCCGAGGUUGAGAUGGAUAGUGACGAUGAAGAAUCCUCGCGUUUGCUCAAGUUCGUUGUGGAUCGUGCAAUGAACUUGGCCUCGCGUGGCUUGCGCGACCUUUUGACUCCCGAGCAACUUGCACCCGAGGUUGGUGCUGGUUCUAGCAGUGGUAUACCGAUACCAGAUGGCUCUAAGACAAAGGUGUCAUCGAUUGACUGGGCGGCAAUCCGGAAAGGACAUUUGUAG